AACCCGCACGGCUGCCUGCAUUCUUGACUCCGGAAGAACUAGACCUAGUUGCCGGAUGUGACGCAAGUGGCUGAGGCGCGCAGGAGGCCGCGGAGAAAGCGAAGAGCAGGCGGGCCCCGUCUGAGGUCUGGCAGUCAGUGAUAGAGCCGGGCGCCCACGGCCCGAGCGUCCCCAGCGGCACCAUGCCCGCGCUCCUGGAGCGCCCCAAGCUUUCCAACGCCAUGGCCAGGGCGCUGCACCGGCACAUCAUGAUGGAGCGGGAGCGCAAGCGGCAGGAGGAAGAAGAGGUGGACAAGAUGAUGGAACAGAAAAUGAAGGAAGAGCAGGAGAGGAGGAAGAAGAAGGAGAUGGAAGAGAGAAUGUCACUAGAGGAAACUAAGGAACAAAUCCUGAAGUUGCAGGAGAAGCUUUUGGCCCUACAGGAAGAGAAGCACCAGCUUUUCUUGCAGCUCAAGAAAGUCUUACAUGAGGAAGAAAAACGGAGACGAAAGGAGCAGAGCGACCUGACCACCCUGACAUCAGCUGCAUACCAGCAGAGCCUGACUGUUCAUACGGGAACGCACCUUCUCAGCAUGCAGGGGAGCCCUGGAGGACACAAUCGCCCAGGCACUCUCAUGGCAGCUGACAGAGCCAAACAGAUGUUUGGACCUCAAGUGCUUACUACGCGGCACUACGUGGGUUCAGCAGCUGCUUUCGCAGGGACCCCAGAGCAUGGGCAAUUUCAAAGCAGCCCAGGAGGUGCCUAUGGGACUGCUCAGCCCCCACCUCACUACGGGCCCACACAGCCAGCAUAUAGUCCCAGUCAGCAGCUCAGAGCACCUUCAGCGUUUCCUGCAGUACAGUACCUGUCUCAGCCACAGCCACAGCCCUAUGCCGUGCACGGCCACUUUCAGCCUGCCCAGACAGGGUUUCUCCAGCCUGGGGGUGCCUUGUCCUUGCAAAAGCAGAUGGAACAUGCUAACCAGCAGACUGGUUUCUCUGACUCGGUAAGUGUGGAUUCACAGGCGGCCAGGAUACAGGCUAUGCCAAGAGGCGGCCCAGGCUGCCUCAGGUCCCAAUUCUGUUCUCUUUCAGUCAUCCCUGCGCCCCAUGCACCCCCAGGCUCUGCACCCAGCCCCUGGACUCCUUGCCUCCCCCCAGCUUCCUGUGCAGAUGCAGCCAGCAGGAAAGUCGGGCUUCGCAGCCACCAGCCAGCCUGGCCCUCGGCUUCCUUUCAUCCAGCACAGCCAGAACCCACGUUUCUACCACAAGUGACCAGAUCCUAUCUUCACUCUUGCCCCCACCAUGUGUGAGGGCGCCCCUCCAUGUGUCCCAGACCAAUAAAAUCGACCUGCCACUGCCCCUGGCUGCUGCUGUUUG